AGUCACACCUGUAUGGCCUGCUCUGACUUGCCACGUCGGGCUGGACCAGAUAUAAAUUUUGAAGCUGGUUUUCGACCCUGGUUCAUUUUCUCUCUCUCGGACUAAUAACUGUAUAAUGAGACAUAUCCUGGCAGGUUUGGUGCUCUCGAGCACGCUUGUUGCCCGUGCGUGGGCUGGGCAACCAACUCAGAUUUAUGGUGUUAAUUUGGGGUCAUGGUUAGUCCUAGAGCCAUGGAUGCUUCCUCAAGAGUGGUUGGAUAUGGGUGGGCAAUCAUGCGCUGUUUGUUCGACAUGCAUUGCAUCCGAGUCGUCAUUUGCAAAGGCGUAUCCCGACACCGUCGACACUAAAUUUGCUCAACAUUGGGACACAUGGUUUACGCAGGACGAUGUCAAUGCACUGAAGGCGGCCGGUAUCAACACCGUCAGGAUUCCUCUGGGAUAUUGGAUCGUGGAGGCUUUAGUCGAUAGGUCGCACGAAUCAUACCCUCGGGGCGGUCUUGAUUAUUUGCGUCGGGGCUUGGGCUGGCUACAAGAUGCCGGGAUCCAGGCGAUCCUGGAUCAUCACGCAUUACCUGGGGUUCAAACGGCUGGGCAAAUGUUCACCGGAAAUUGUACUACCGAUGUUCAAUUCUACACUCCAUACAACUACCACCGUGCAUUGGUGUGGACAGCGGUCAUGACUACGCUUUCUCACCUGGACCCUAAUUUUGGGAGUGUCUUUGCGAUCGAGGCAAUCAAUGAACCCAUCAUGAACGCGACUCUAACACCUAACUAUGGCACCUUCCAAAAGAACUUUGUCGAGGUAAUGCGUGCAGUUGAGCUCACAAUCGGAAUAUUUGUGCCGUCAUCCAGUUUAUCGCUAUCGGUACCAGCAUCCGUCUCGAACAACUUCACCGCUGCAUUAAGUGCGACAUCUUCAGCAAGCAUAUUCUCUACGGAGGUGCAAGCGGCACUUCUAGAUGCCAUUCCGAUUUUACUAGAGAUUGGAGUGGCGUGCGGUUUGGAGACUAUAUUCGAAGCAUCACCAUUUCGGCAGUCCCGUGAUUCACUGGUGGCGAACUUUAUGGAUGUGAACUGGCAGUACGACAACCCUUCUAACCCAGCUGACGUUGCGAUUGGCCCCCAAGCUUAUGACAACCAUUUGUAUUACUCGUUUGGCGGAGUUGCAGCUGCUGACCCGAAGUCUUACAUGAUCAGUAUCUGCAAUCUUACACGUAUCCAGACUGAUGCAGCGGUUGGCGACUCUCCGCUCUGGUUCGGAGAGUGGGGACUUCCGACACAGUUCAAUGCCACGGAUGCGUUCCUCUACCAGUGGGCUGACGCACAGAAGUUGGCCUACAGUAAAGGUGCUGGAUGGAUUUACUGGAACUUCAAAACUGAAAUAUCAAGCCUCACCAACGGGAAUGCUCUUGCAAGGCAAUGGUCUUACCUUGAGGGUUUGAAACUCGGGUUCUUCACACAGGACCCCGCGGCACUCCACGAUCCGAACGUGUGCGUUCCAUACAUGAACAGUACCACUAAUGGCACUAGUUCAUGAUGUGCGUUCUUGGUAACUGAGUAAGCGAUAAGCACAGAGCGUACCUAUAUCUAUCCCUGCUGACCCACCAUUCUUUUAUUGACGUUCCUUACUGAUUCCUCCUCCCGAGCCAACUUAUAAUAAUUAGUUCUCGUUUUCCUGUGCUUGCUAUUUGAACAAAAUUUAACAAAACUGGCCUCAGUUAAUCAGUUGGGCCUAAGCUCAGUCGUCUCGUACAAAUUGUAGGUAACUAAGCACAAAGUUAUAAAAGUAGAUUUUAUUGCCUCACUUUACCCGAGGUGUGGAAAAUCGGCCUGUCC